CUAGAAUACAAUUACGGUCACAACUUUACACUGUUGCAAAUAGAGACCGAACACCAUUCUAUAAAGCAUAAGCUAAUUACUUCGCGACAACCGAGAUGCAAUACUUAUCAAGAGGCCCUGAGAGAGCUUUAUCCGGGGGAUAGCUUGUCUAAAGGGGAGAGGGUUAAGUGAAAUCUGGUUAACAGAGGAAGGGGCUAAGGGAGCUCUUUUAGUCUUUUACGUGGUCGACAUGCAGCAGCUUCCAGAGCUACUCCAGCUGUCUGUCCAGCUUGGCAGCAGUCACAUCUGCAUAGCUGGCUGGCCUGCGCUUACUGUCCGGGGACUUGCUCAGCGGCUCCUUUCAUCAUGUGGCAUUAGUAUGGACCCGGAUACCGUGGAGCUGCAUAUGGACAAGUAUGUGCUUCCAUCGGGGUAUACGAUUGGGUCUUGCUUGUCGCGCUGGCGUCACGUUCCGCUUGGCCCUCACGAUAUAAUUCGGCUGAAGUGCAUCACGCACCGGCAGUCGUACGGCAAGGUGCGGACAGGCAAGUCGGUGGACGCCCGCGGCUCCCCGCUGCACACCGUACGGCAGGUCACAGCGCGCGCAGCAGCGGCGCUGAAGCUGCCGGUGGGGCCUGCGCGGCUGCGUGCCGAGGUUGAGGCGGCAGCGGAUCUCGCCCUGUUGCCGUACACCUUCACGAACUGGACAGACGCCUGGGAGCAGGGGCUCAUGCAGGUAGCCGUGUGCCUGACCCGCAGCCUGCUGCCCUCCAAGCCCGCCUCCGCUGCCUCCCUGCUGGCCGCCUGCUCCGACCUGCUGGACCUGCCCGCAGCGCUGGCGCCCCGGGGGCCGCUGUACGCGGGGAUGUGCGCGCUGCAGCUGCACACCGCACUACUGGCGCUAGCCUACGAGGGGGACAACAGCAGCAGCAGUGGUGGUGGUGGUGGGGGUAGCGGUAGCAGUGGAGGUGUAGCUGUGGGGGCUUCUCCUGGGGUUGCGCUUCCGUCGCCGGCAGGAAAAGGACGUGGAGGAAGCGGCGGGCAGGGGCGGGCAGCAGCCCGCGGUGCAGGAGGAGCAGGGAGCGGCAGCGGCGGUAGCGGUGUUGGUAGUAGCGGGCGGGAGCCGCGCGACAGUCGGGCGCGCGGUGUGGCGAUGGAGGCGGUGCAGCAGCUGCUGGCCAAGGCGGCGGUGCGUGUGGGGUGGGUCCUGGAGCAGCUGAGCUGCUACGGCAGCGAGCUGAGCGACAUGAUGGAUGGCUACACACCGCCGGCGCCACAGCAGCGCCAGCAGCAGCAGCAACAACAGCAGCAGCUGGGUAUGGGGCGGGCAGCGGAAUCUGCGGGUGCUGCAGGCGGCACUACGGGUGCGGGGCUGGCGGGUGGCAGCGGGAGCAGCAGCGGGAGCAGCAGGGGCGGUGGGGAUCUGCGGGUGCAGGCGGCGGAGGCGCUGGAGCCCUACGCGGCCAUGCAGCUGCUGGACGCCUUUGGUCGGCUCAUGGGCCUGGUCGGCAGCCACUGCGUGACCAGCCCCAUGCUGCUGCCCCCGGGCACCCUUCCCUCCGGCUGGCACUGCCACCGCAGCCUCUUCCACACCAUCCUGGAGCUCUGCGACCAGGCGCGCAUCGGCACGGCCUGCAGGGAGGGGAGGAGCGGAGGCAGGGGAGGCAGGGGUGGCGACUCGGACGAAUAUGAGGAGGAGUACGACGAGGAGGAGGGCUACAUCUAUCAUCGGCAUGGUUCCGGAGGAAGCAGUAGCAGUAGCGGCAGCAGCAGCAGUGGCAGCGGCGGCGGUAGUGAGGGAGCCGGAGAUGGAUGCAGUGGUAGCAGCGGCUCGCAUGGAGUUCGUACACUGGAGCUGCCGUUGGUAGCUCGUACGCUUGAUGCGCUGUUGCAGCUGCAUGCGCAAACGCAUGCGGGCUGCCGUACAGCCGGCAGCGGCGGCGAUAGCGGUAGCAACGGCGGCGUUGACGGCGGCGGCGGCGGCGAAGGGGGAGGCGCAGGAAAUGGAGGUGGUGACAGCGGAAAUGCGUCCACAGCAGCGGCUGCCACUGCGGGUAACGAAGGCGGCGGCAGCGCCAACGGCAGGCCCGGCGACGGUGGAAGCAACGACCACGAGGACGAUGACGGUGCUAGCAGCAUCAGUAGCCACAGCAGCAGCCACACCAGCAGCAGCAGCAGCCAUAGCAGCAGCGACUGCGGCCAUGGCUGCCCGCUCACCCCCGGCUUCAGUCAGCUGCCGCCCUGCAUGGACUGGCUGCGGGAUGUGGCGGGGGUGCUGGAGGCGGCGUGCGAUGUGUACUCGCUGGCAGGCGGCUCCGAUGUGGAUACGGAUGGGGAGGCGGAGGCGGAGGUGGAGGGGCUGCUGCCGCUGCCUCUGCAGCAGCUGCAGCAGCCUUCCGUAGCCGGCAGUGCGGGCGCACCGACGGCAGGGGCAGCAGCAGCAGCUGCUGCUGCACCAGAUGCGGUCGCAACGGGGGUUGCGCUACCCAUAGCGGCGGUUACCACGGCAGCAGUUGCCGCGGCGGCGGCUGCCACUACAGCGGCAGCGGUCGCAGCAGUCGCAGCAUCCAUGCCAGCUGCCUCGCCCUCGGCGCCGUCCACUCCCGUGCCGUUGCGUCAUAAUCAUAACCCCGGUAGUACCGGUGGUAGCAAUGACGAGGGUGGCAGUGGUGGUGUUCAGCUGCCGUUUGGAACGCCGGCGGCAUCUGCGGCGGUUACGCCCUCCUCCUCCUCCUCCGCCACUACCUCCUCGUCUCCUAGCAGCUCACACGCCUCCCCCACCUCCUCCGCUAGUUCGUCGCACGCCUCUGCGAGCGCCUCCCCCAGCAGCUCCAUCGCAUCCUUCUCCUCCUCGCCGUUCGCGGACACACCAGCCGAGGCCAACAGCCCCUGGCCCUUGCCUGCGGCUGCCGAUGUCGGCAGUGUUAGUGUUGGUAGCAGCGGUGUUGGUAUCAGCAGCAGCAACGGCGGCGGAAGCGGAAGUGGGAUUCAUGCAAUGGAGGCCCGUUGCCCCACUUCUUCAACCUCCUCCGUGACACCGUUGGCUUCUUGCUGGGACGCCGCCGCCACCGUCAUCGCCAGCACCAGCAGCAACACGGCGACGCCCACAGCACCCUCCACCUCUCCCACAGCCCCUGGGUUGGGGUUGGCAGCGGUGGCGAACGCGUCUCCGAAGAGCCAUACCUCCAACCCCAGCCCCAGCCCUCCCUCCAUGCCCGCCGCCACCUCCGCCGCCACCUCUCCCACCUCUGCCGCCACCGCCGCCGCCGCCACCACUCCCCUCAACCGCUCCGCCCGCCACAUCAUCCUGGACGCCCUCCUGCGCGCCUUCCAGUGCCCCUGCCUGGUAGAACAGCUCCUCGCUGCCACACGUCGCUCCUCAUCAUCUGGAGGAGCAGGAAGCCACUUGUACGGCAGUAGCGGCGGCGGCGGUGGCGGCGGCGGACCCAUGGGUCAGUUGUGCGAGAGGUCAGUGUGGCGGCACCCGCGGCUGGCGGGCUGCGCCCCCGCAGCGGCCUACCAGAAGCAGGUGCUGGACAACCUGUUGACGCCGCUGUCGUACGUGUACGAGGAUGAUGAUUACGAUGCGCCGGUGUUGCAAGUGUGCAGGUCUGACAUGCUGGGCAGCAGCUUCGGCGAGCUGAUGCAGUACGACGGCUACAGCCUGGGCUCGGAGGGCAUAUGCGUCAGUUUUGAGGACGAGGAGGCCUUUGGAGACGGCGUGCUGCGCGAGUGGCUCACCGAGGUCGCCUCCGCCGUGUUCGACCCCAACGCGGGGCUGUUCCGGAUGGCGGAGGGCGACGUGCGCUGCCUGCACCUGUGCGCGGCGGGCUGCACGCAGGGGGAGCAGCACCUGGAGCUGCUGACGUUUGCGGGCAGGAUCAUGGGUUUGGCCAUGCGCGCCCGUGUGCCGCUGGGCUUCCACCUCUCCUCCGCACUCUUCAAGCUGCUGCAGCACCCGGGGCGCCCCGGGGUGGGCCGCCUGCGCGCUGCCGACCUGGAGCAGCUGGAACCGCGGCUGGCAGCCACAUGCGCGCAGAUAGCGGCGGCGGAGGACGUGGAGGCGCUGGGCCUUACCUUCGUGGCCUCCUGCGGGCAGCUGGGAGCGGCGCUGGAGGUGCCACUGUUGCCGCGCGGCGCGGGGGAUGAGGUGGCCGUCACGGCAGCCAACCGGGCGGACUACCUGGACCGCCUCACGCGCUUCUACUGCAGCUGGGGCUGCAGCUCCGAGCAUGGCGCGAUGGCGGGGGCGGCGGCCGCGGCGGGGUCGACAGGAGGCGGGGCGUUGUUUUGGGAGGAGUGUGAGCUGGAUGCGGUGGAGGCGCUGGCCCAGGGUCUGGCGGACGCGCUGGUGUUCUCCUACGAGGAGGGUGUGGCGGAGCUGGCGGAGCGGCUGCGACCCGUCAGCGCCGCCGCAUUCAACGCAGCGCUGGGCGGCGAGACGGGCGGGGUGGACGUGACACAGUGGCGCGCCCACACCUCCGCAGCUGGGUUCAAGACGGAGAGGGAGCGGGCUGCGUUGGAGGCCUUCUGGUCCGUGGUGCGCUCGCUGCGCCCCGAGCAGCAGCGCCGCCUGCUUCAGUUCUGGACGGGGCUGUCGCACCUGCCGGCGGGCGGCUUCAAGCACCUGAGCCAACAGCUGCAGCUGGUGCCUGCGCGGCCGGGGGAGGACGACUGCCACCGGCGGGGGAGCAGCGCCAGCGGCGGUGGCGGCGGUGCGGGAGGGAGGGAGCGGGAGGAGGAGGAUGAGGAGGAAGAGGAGGAGGGGCGGCGGGAAGGGGAGCAGCCGCCGCCGCAAGGAGAAGCGACACUGCUUGGUGCAGUGGAGCAUGUGUCUGCGGAUGCCACCGCCGGAACAUCAACGAGCGGCGCCGGUAGCGACGGAGACAGCAGCGGCGGCGCAGGCGGCGGUGGUGGUGGUAACAACAGUGACGGUAGCACCAGCAGCACCGGUAGCACUAGCAGCGGUGCCAGCAGCAGCAGUGGUAGCGAUACUGCGGGCGGUGACGGCGUUGUCAGCGGGGGAGCCUCGGGUGAUACUGCUGGUGCUGGUGGCAGCAGUGGUGGUAGCAGCGGUGGUCCGGUGCUGCUGGCGGCGCACACCUGCUUCUUCCAGCUGCGGCUGCCGCUGCUGGGGCAGGAGGGCGCCAUGCGGGCGGCGGUGGAGGAGUCGCUGGCCAACCUGGGGGCCUUCUGGAACGAGUGAAGUGCGGGACGGGGCUGUGUUGGACGGGAAGUGUUGGACGGGGGAUGACUGGUGGGCUGCGUACCCUGUGUUGAUGAUGGUGGGUUACGUUUUGAUGGUACCGUAUAGUAUGGAAAGGUGGGAGAGGCAGGGGGGGAGUUUGUAGGAGUGUGGGGAGUGGAGGUGAAGGGAGAGGUGGGGUAGGAAGGCGCGCUGGGAUGGGCCGCGGUGGGUCGUUUACGGGUUGUACGUCUUCUUAGUGUUGGAGGUUGUUGGAGGUUGUUGUAAGGAGCAGCAGCAAGACGCUGUUUAGACACGUUAGUAAGGCAGGAUUGGUGUUGCAGGGGGCUAUUAGUACUACAUCGCAUCUGUACACGGCAGGAGGCGCAUAGUAAGUAAGCCAGCUAAGGUUGUCGCAUUGCUAGCAGGCAUGGGUCCUUUGUACAAUACUCUAUACACUUUACUCAUGCCUUGUGUUGUAACUUUUGCGGUUAGGAUGUAUCUGCAUGCACGGCCCGCUUCAUGUGCGGCCCGAACAUGCCGUAAUCAAUUGUUUGACGUAUCCGGGAUCUGCUAUUUUGCUCUGCCCACAGGGGCUUUUGUUUUCAAUUCCUCCGGACCGCUCAGGGUUGUUGGAACCGUUCUAAUUGUACAAUUUCGUGUUCCGUGUACGUAUACCGAUUGCACCAGCGGCAGCAAUUGUGCUGGCAAGAGCAAGGAAUGUAAGCCGGGCUAUCAGAGGGGGUGGAGGAGGAGGAGCGCACUGCCUCUUUGCUGGUGGCCGACACAAUCCAGAUCUCAUGGACGGGUUAGCUGUGCAGAGCAAAAGCCUGAAGCGGCCCCGUACGUACAUGUGUUUCCGUUGUAAGAUUUAAGAUUCCGUUAGGGCGCGAAAGCUGGCAGCAUGGGGAUUUCGUUACAAGUUAUGGCCCUUCUUCAAUGUUGACGCAUUCAUGCUUUCGUCGCCUUAAUUGACCGAGCAAUGUUUAUCUUGCGCUAUGAA